AUAUAAUUAGUACAGACUGCAGGCUAAGACUAUUUGCCAGUUCUGUGAAUAUUGUAAGGAGUUUAGGAUAUAAGUUGUUGAAGAUGUAUCUUUUCAAGUUCAGUAAUCUCGCUGAAAAAGAUAGUAUUAGAUCAAAGUGAUGCAGAUGACUAUUGGAAAAUACAUGAGCUAUAGUUAAGGAAGAGUUAUAAGUUUAUUCAGUAUUAAUGUGAAGUCCUGAGACAAGAAGUACAUGUAACUUGUGAAUUUAGGGAUUAGUGAAGGCUGAGAGUAGAAUUACAUUCUAAGGGUCUAUGUGCACAAGGGAUCCUCAGUCUUGGAGCGUAAAGAGUAGAAAGCUUAUUAGGCAAUAGUAUAGGGAUGAUUAUGCCAACAUUCUUGUAUUAGGUCUAUAUAUGUGAUUUCUUGAAAGAGACGCUAAGUGAAGAGUUAUAUGAUUAGAAGCUAAAGUAGAUUGACUGAUACCGCAAUGUUAUAGACAUUUGAUAAGGGUUAAGUUAUUUAUUAGUAGCCAAGUUAUGAUUAUGAGAUCGAUGAAGAGUUGCACUUUUACAUAAAGCAUGGAAGUAAGGAUAGUUUCGUUUAGAGAUAGUAAAGUAAUGAAACUAACCAGAUGAUGUUCUUAGUGAUAUAGUAAGAGAACACGGAGAGCUAAUGAAUUCAAUGUAUGCGAACAGGUAGAUUUAUUUGUGUUUAAUACUUGAAGAGUAUUGUUAAUGUUAUGCCAUUUGAUCGUAUAUAUGUUAUUGUAAGAAAAGACUGUUAUUGUAGAAGAUUAAGUAAUAAAGACUUUGUUUUUGCCACGCAUCUCAGUCAACACCUUUCUUAUUUUGUCUUCCUUUAAUAGGUAUGCCCCCUCCCUCGGGGUGUGGGCGCUACACUACUAAUAUCAAUCAAGUUCAUCCGGGUUACUUUUGCACAAGGCGUCACCGAUUGUAUAUAUCAACACUCAAUACUCGUUAGAAGCAUAUGCAGUUUUAAUUCUCAAAGCAGUUAUGCAUUACCAAUUCUCGAAGCAAUUGUGAUAUAUCUGAAUAUUGCUAACACUAGGCCUACCUACUUGAAAUGAUUAUUGUUUUCGUGGAAGAAGAAAGUAUCUCCUCGAAUUUGAUGCCAUGGCUUCGCACGUGAGAAUAAAGCAAACUCUGUUGGCGGUAUUAAUGGUUGCAAUCGGAUUCAUGUUCUACCAGUACACACAUUUCGGCCAGUUUCAUGAUUGUACCGACGCCAUUCACGCCAUUGAAGAAGCAAUUGACGAAAGCUCAAACAGACAAGUUCGUUUAGGUUUGGAAGGGCAGUUCUUGGGUAGGCCUUCGAACUCAUUGAAUUGUACGAACAACACAUCAUGCAGCAAUAAAACGUUUGUAGAAGAAUCCAUCUCUCCACUGCAUCGGCUUGUGAGCAAGGACGAAAUCUUCCGAAAGGUCUCUGAGCAUUGGCAAAAUGUAACGGAACUAAACGAAGCGCGUGUACGAGAAGUGAGGAAAGAGAUCGAAAAGAAUUCAGAGAAGUUUUCAGCGGUAGAUCUACGAUUCUUUCUCCGAACAGUUGUGAAUGAAACGGCUGCUGCAGAGAUUCGGAGAAAAGUUUCUAAAACCGUGUCAAGAUGUCAGGCCAUGCAGAUCGUUCGGUCAAAUGUUCCCGAUAACGGCAUCGUCUUCGAGUCCACACUCCAAAAUGUCAGAGAGAGAAACCAAUCCGACUGCGUACCCCUCUACGACAGCUGUGCCAUUGUUGGCAACUCCGGCAUCCUCUUGGAUAGCGAGUGCGGCGACGUCAUCGAUUCCGCUGAUUACGUUAUAAGGAACAAUAUGGCGAUCACUGACGAGCGCUUCGUGAAGGAUGUUGGGAUGCGCAUUGAUGCCAUGACCAUCAACCUUCAACUGAUUUACUCAUUGACAAUAUGCACGAAUGUCCACAAGGGCGGGAAGUUGCCACCGAGAACGACAUGUGAAUCUUUGAUGGAGAGAAUGAAGAUAUUUCAGGAGGGCCGGCUCUUUUGGUUUUUCAAACGAUAUACCAAACUCUUUCAUGAAAUGAAAGCGAUGUUGACGGCGCUCCGAAAGAAAUACAAGCUGAAUUUUAGAGUGGGCUACAGUCCCAUUAUACCGAUGGAUACAGCAAAAUCAUUAGCGAAAGUUCCCGUCCCUUCAUCGGGCCUCGCAGUAUACAUUGCAGCAACUCAAUUUUGCAAAAGCGUAAACCUGUUUGGAUUUUAUCCCUUCAAUGACCGUGGAAAAGAGAACAACACAGUCAUGGCUCAUUAUUAUGAUGAUGAGGUGUUCCCCUUCAGUAAAAAUCAUAAAAUGCCCAAGGAAUAUGCAUGGUUGGAGGACCUGGACAGAAGAGGUGCACUUCGAAUGAUCAACGACUGUACAUCACUUAGGAAGUAAUAUUGUGGUUUCAUUUUUUAGAGUAAUACUUCUGGCAUAUAUGCCUUUAAGUUUUAAGUUAACGGCUGACUGACUGACUGGAAGAAUACACGAAUAUAUAGAUAAAUGAAAGAAUGUAUUUAUUUUCUAUUUAUAUUUUUAUUAACGGGGUAGCCCAUUCAACAUCAGUUGGUCUCCUACGAGUAAAAACAAUUAUACAAUCAUAUCAGUCAAAAUAAAGAUAGCAAGUCUCAAUUUUCUUUAAAUAUACAAUUGAAAUUCACAUAAUUAAAUAUCAAAAAUUAAGUUACAUUUUCUUGGCAAUUCAACAUUUUUCUGAAGGUAGUUUUGGAUGAGUCAAGUGGGUUUGUUGUUCUUACUUUAAGCGGUAAAUUAUUCCAUAAUAAAGGGCCUUCGUUUUUUGAUACCCGUCUGACAGAUUAUUUUGUAUUCUUAUUAUAUACUUCAGUUAAUUUAUGAAAGAAAUUGAAAUGAUAACCAGCUGAUAAACCUUUAAUACAUUUAAUGAUAAAUACACAUCGAAAAUAUUUUUCAGGGGUAUACAGAUUACAAUUGAAAAUAAUUCUAUAGUGAGCACUAAUUUGUUCAUCUUGUAGGCUGUCUGUAAAGUGUUCCGUCAAGCAGAAAUUGAAUAUUCGGUGAAUGCUGUGUACUUCCUUAAUUCUGAAAAUCCAAAGAGUAAAUAUGUCGAUACUUUUUAGAUACCGUAUUACAAAAGCAAGCAAUACGUGUGUGUACUAAUUUGUCCUACUUUGACCACUCCAAUCCAUUGUUUUGAAACCUAAACAUCAUACAAGUUGAUGACAUUGAUAUCAUACAAAUCGCAUGUACAGCUUACUAAAAAGUCAACUACCGCCACCCUCCCUCAUUGUUCAAUUUGAAUAAAGGUGUACACUCUUAUCACAUUCCACCUAAAAACAAUCUCGAAAAUAUUAAUGACUCGUAAUUCACUCAUCAUUUUGUAUACAUGGCCAAAUGUUCAUUUAUCGGAUGUCGUGGCGUUAUUAGGUCUAAAAACAUGCAUCUUAUUAUAACGACAUGUAUUACUAUUGUUGUAUAUAGAAAACCAGCGUUCUUUCCCCUUUUUACUAUUUAACUAUUGAUACAUGUGACUGGUUUCUACCAAAUGCCUGUAUAAAUGUGUGUAAGCUGGACAAGUAUAAGGUAUUUUUGCUCAUUAUAUGUCCUAUACGAUAUCCUACGUUAUGUAGAGGUGUCGGAGUCGAGUGGUUUAAGCACUUGACUUGAAAUGCAAAGGUCGUGGGUCCGAUCCCCGACACGACACUUGUGUAUUUUGACACGGCAUUGGUCUAUAUCUAAUCCAGGUAUGACAGGUAUUAUGACCAAAGAAAGCCUUUGUGUUAUUAAUUGCCAUAUGCAAGUUCCGACCGUAUGGUGGCAAUAUGCCCCAGUGAGUGGAGAUGGUGCACAUUCGUGAAUGGAAUAAAGUCAGCAAAGCGCUUAGAUACGUCAUUUUCUAUUAAGCGCUAUAUAAAACCCAGUUUAUUAUUAUAGUGUAUUGUGAAUAUAAAAUUAUAAUCAUGUUGUCAUUUUAAUUGAUAUUUCAUUUGAUCCGAACUGCACUUCGAUUUGCAAAUUUAUACAGUCAUCAGAUCCACAAACAAUAUAUUUUGUUCACGUGGUCUGCAUGCAUAAAGGUACGAGACAAAAUGGCUUAAACUUAAAUUUUUGAAUUAUUCGUUUAUUUAUUCGUAGCAACCAAAUGGUCGGAUUGCCUAUGUAAAUACACAUAAGAUCGUCAAAUUCUUAUAGUUGAUUAUAAUGAUAACAGUAAUAUUUAUAAUGAAAAAGAUAAUGAUAAUGAUAAUAAUGGUUAUAACAAUUUAGGAUUUCUCGUCCAUUUUAACAUUUUUCACAUUCAUCAAUGUGCCACCUGUCAAUCAAGUUGGUAUAAUUCAAUUUCGUUAGACUUCAUUCACAUGCGUCUCGCUAACAGUCCUUUGCAUAAUGUGUUAAUCAAAGUCACCUUCGUGCAAUCAAUAUCAAGAGAGUUUCAUUCAAAUUCGUCGCAUAUAUAGACUUGUCGAACGAAUGACGAAUUUUAAUGACGCUUCGAUGAAAUCGAUUGCAAAAUGACAAAAUAGAUUAAUGCAAUUUUACAUUGACAAACGGGGAUAACGAACUUGAUUUGACAUUGAAGAAAUUGGAUGCAAAACGACGAAAUUUAUCGGACAGAGUUCGAAAAUGAAUGACCAAAGAGGAAAUUGAUAAUGAGAGGAUCGGAAGUUUCGGGAC